ACCCUAUAAAAAAACACCAGAUAGAUCCUACCUUCUCCUACCUGAUGGAAUCUCUCCUCUGUGCUGGCCAUAUUUGCCACAUUCAACAGCCUUCUUCAUGAAGAAAAAGGGAGACAAGAAAAGGCAUUGGCAUUCAACACCACUGAAUCCACCUAAGUCAGUUGAACCAGAAUAGAAACAGAACCACCAAAAUUGCAUAUGUGUGACGUUCCUUUCGAUGUCCUACUUAACAUCACCUGUCAGCCAUCAAGAUAUCUUGGGCGGCCUCCUCUUCAGGCUUGCAAGCACAGGACUGAAACAAAAGAGCAGAGAAAUGUCUCAUUCUACAAAUAAAGGAUUAAUAUUUGGCAUCAUGAUGGGGACUGCUGGAGUAAGCUUGAUCAUAGUGUGGUACCAAAAAAUUCGUAAACCUGGCACAACAAUGAAUUUAUCUAAAUUUCUGUCAUUGAGCAAUGAAUUUCAUUCCAUUGAUUUGCAAGAUACAGUUCAUAAUGAAAAAGGAGCAGUGGUGGUGUUACAGAAAAGUCAGUUUCAGAUCCUGGAGAAAUUAAAUGAUUUACUGAUGAGUGUGGAAGAACUCAAAGAGGAAAUCAGAUUCCUUAAAGAAGCUAUUCCAGAGUUGGAGAAACAUAUCCGAGUUGAGCUCCGAGGGAAGACAGCUAUCCACAAGAUAAGUCCUCAGCCUCGAACACCUAGGAAGAGAAAAGCUGAAACAGGUGGGGACAUCUCAACCAACAAUAGUUCUGAGGAGGUGGAAAGUGAAGGAGGCCACCAUACUUCAGACAGGGUAUCCGGUACUGCCUCUUCUCAAGAUCAAGUUGCUUCUGAUUCCUGUCAACAUGAAGCUAUCCCUGUUUCUCAGAAAAAUAACUUUUUUAUUUCUUGUAAAGUUACCCGCAGCUCUACAACAAAUAGAGUCAUGUCUUCUCCUAAGGAAAGUUAUAGUUAUUUAGAAAAGGACAAUCUAACUAACGUACCUUCUACAAGUAAAGGUUUGCUUAGCCAUCCACAAAAUCUGUCAACUUUCUUUCCUCUAACCAAAGUACAUGUAACUUCAAAAGAACUUGAUAAUAGCAGUGGUGUUGAAAUACAUGAAGAAUAUUCUGGCUUUGGAUUAAAAAGACUUUUAACUUUUAUUCAAGAAAGUGUUAUUUCCUUUGGCUCUCAAGCAGCUACUACUUUUGAGGAAAACUAUAAUCAUUUUAUCCCACAUACAGCAAAAAAAUCUCCCUCUACAUAUCCAAAUGGUAGUCAAAUUUCAUUUUCUUCUCAGCAAGAUGAAAUUGCCUCAGAUACUGGACAAGUUACAAUAUACUCUGGAUCCCAUUUAAAUAAAAUAAUCCCUUAUAUAAAUCAAAGUAAAGAUCCACCUAAGUUUAUUCAAAUUGAUUCUGAUUCAAGCUGCAAUCAGGGUGUACUAAAAGCUAGUCCCAGUCAGAAAAGUACUAGCAAACAGCAAGUUCAGAGUACGGCUAGUAUUAUCCUCUCUGUAAUUGGAUUGUCUUCUUUCCUCUGCAAACCUAGAUGUACUGAUGACAUCUUUCAAAGAAAAGAAACUUUGGAGGAUGUUCAAGAUAAGCACACCUCAGAUGCUCAAAAGGAUAUACUUUUCUCAGAGUACCCCUCAAGGGAUGAAAUUAUCCCCAGCAUAUCUCAGAAUGAAAUUUCCUAUAGGGAAGCUCCUGUCUCCUGGGAAGAUUCACUAUACUACUCUAAUAUUCCGGAUGAAACUACUCUUUAUAUAUCUCCAUCUAUAAAGAUCAAGAAGAGUACUUCAGUUGUAGUUAAAAAUUUCAUAUGUAAAAUGAAAUCGUCCCUUUCACCAAAGAAAAAUGCAGAGAAAAGACCCAUCACAGAAAGUCAAUCCUUUUAUGAUGAUGAAGUGGCAUCUUCUAUAAACAGGUAUGUUACAGCUCAGAGUGACACUGAAAGAGAACAUUUAGCUGGCCAUAAGGCAAAUAAGAAAACAACAAAGAGAUUGAGCUUAUCUAAUCUUAUUCAGAAGUCUGAUGACUUACAUUUAAGAGGUGAUUCUGAUAAACAGGAAAGUUUUGAUCUCCUAAGAAGCUAUAAAAAUAAGUAUAAAAGUGAAAUUGAGUUUAUUUGGAGAUUAACUAGAGCUUAUGGAGAUAUGUGUGAUCUAGUCACAGAUAUAGAGCAAAAAAGAAAAUAUGCUUCUGAAGGAAGAGACCUAGGUGAAAGAGCAAUUUCUCAAGCUCCCAACAACGGAUAUUGUCACCUGUGGUAUGCUAAUUUGUGUGGCUGUGUAGCUGAGUGUGGGGGAUUACAAAACAAAAUCAAAUAUGGCCAGCUUUUUAAGAAACAUCUAGAUAGAGCAAUUGAACUUAUACCUGAUGAACCCUUUUUGUAUUACCUCAAUGGAAGAUACUGCUAUUCUGUUUUCAAUUUGAAUUGGAUGGAGAAGAAAAUGGCCUCAGUUCUUUUUGGUAUGGUUCCAACUUCGAGUGUAGAGGAAGCUUUGGGAAAUUUCCUGAAGGCUGAAGAGUUAAAACCUGGAUAUUCCAAGUACAACUAUGUAUAUUUGGCAAAGUGCUACAAAGAUCUUGGGCAAAAAGAAAAGGCUUUGAUGUAUUGUGAUUUUGCUUUCUUGCUUUGUUCUCUUAACAGAAAUUUGCAGACAGGCUAGAAACAGUCUGCACAAGACCUGUCAUCCCUUCAUUAGAGAACCACGGACGACAGAAUUGAGUAAGAUCCAAGAACUUAGCCAGCUGUGGCUUGCUUGUUUUCCUGCCCCUUUUUUAAAGGAUGUGCUUAAUUAUUCCAGUAAAUAGCUUUCUUUCUUUCGAUUCCCUGUGCCCCAUUCCUUUUUAAAUUCUCAAAAUUUCUGAUUUUCCCACCACUCCUUACCUGUACUCAUUUAUAGGAGAUCUGCAGCACCCUGGAUGGGAUCCUAACUGUACAAAUUUGGAGAGAGCCUUUUGUUCUGGGGGGCCUUUUUAUAUCUGGGAAGGGGAGCUUACCUAACCAAGAGUCCCUGUUCAGACUCCAGUUGCUAUGGGGUGGUCCAGCCUCCCACUGGGGAUGGGGUCUAGGAGGUGGGAUGGUUUCAGUGGAUUGAUGGAUGGGACACAGCUUUCUAUUUAACCUGCAGUACAGGGUUUCACAUAGAAACUGCUCCCCCUUGGCUGAGGCUUGGCUUUAUUUUCUGCCCUCAUGAUCACACAUCUACUUGGCACACAGUUUCAUUCUCAACAUACAUGUUUCCAUAGAACAUAACAAUAGAUGCAAAGCUUAAGAAGAUAGUCAACAAACAUUGUUGCUAAGUGCAGGGUCAGAGGAUAGAAUCAACAUGAUCCAGAUAUAGGUUGGGGAAUUCAGAGCACAGAUUUGCCAGAAGUUUUUAUGCCUAGAAAAGAGGGCCCUAUUUAAGUGGAUAUACAAGAAUCCUUAGGCUUAAUUUUGUAAAUGGGAUCUCCUGGUAA